UUGGAGGGUAUGGCUUUCCUAUCUUCCCAAGUAGGCUUCGUGGUCUCCAGCCACGUAUGCAAAGCAGGGGGAGAGGCUUUCUUUGUGCAAAUAAGGGGGCUGACAGCAGCUCCGCAGUGCCAUCCAAGUCGGACUUCGGGGCCGAGUAAACAACGCUCAUUCCGCUUCGACACCAUAGCGGGCGCCGCCGAGCCCUGCCGUCAUUGGAGCCCCGUUGACCUCUCCAACUGCGCGCCCUGGAGAAAUGGCCCAGCGUCUCCUCUGGCUCCAGUGCGCGCCUCUCUUCAGCCGAGAGCAGCCGCGGGGACCCCCGCCAUCGUUAUGCAGGCGAGCUCGGCCAGCUCGAGUGCCGGAGAGCCGCCCGGAGAAGGAAGAAGGAAUGUAAUUACUGAAAUCCGAGGGACCAUAAUGACAAUUGGCAUCAACAGGCCUGAAGCCAGGAAUGCUGUGAACCAGGAGACUGCACGAUUGCUGGUGGAGGCUUCCAGGUCGUUCGAAGAGAACAGCACGUUGACUGUGGCUGUGCUUCAUGGGUUGGGUGGCAAUUUUUGUGCUGGUUAUGAUUUGAAGGAGUUGGCCCACGCCCCUGCCUCUAUCAAAUUGGAACAAGAUGUCGCCCAAACGCCUGGCCCCAUGGGUCCUUCCCGGAUGAAGUUUUCUAAGCCAGUGAUUGCUGCGGUGAGUGGAUAUGCAGUGGCUGGUGGGCUUGAGCUGUCCCUCUUGGCUGACUUGCGUGUGGUAGAAGAAACCGCAAUCUUCGGAGUGUUCUGUAGGCGUUUCGGUGUUCCGCUGAUAGAUGGUGGCACUGUUAGACUACCAAAGCUAAUUGGCCUUUCACGUGCCCUGGAUCUCAUUCUCACUGGGCGGCCCGUUGGUGCGCAGGAAGCAUUUCAGCUUGGACUGGCUAAUCGAAUAGUUCCCAGUGGCCAAGCCCUCCAGCAUGCCAUUGAAUUAGCAGAACAAAUUUCAGCAUUUCCCCAGCACUGCUUGCGUGCAGACAGAAAUUCUGCUUACUACAGUGCGUUUGACGCCUCUUCCUUCACAGAAGCCAUGCAGUUUGAGUUCGACACUGGAGUACAAGUGGUAUUAGAAGAAUCUGUUCCUGGUGCUAACAAAUUCAGCUUGGGGCAUGGGCGUGGUGGGGCAAAGUUGUAGCAGUUGCGUAUAAUAGCACUUCGCUUUGCAUAUCCCACUGAAAUGCAGCCUUUAAAAUGUUUUAUAGAAAAUCCACACUUGAACUAAUGCUAAUGAGGGCUAUAUUUCUCAAAAAAUGUAAAUGUAGCUAAGAAUUGCCAGCUAUUUUUAUAUUUAAGGCCUAAAAUGGUCACAGAAACACUGCAAUUCUUACCUGGAAAUAAGUCCCAUUGAACUCAAUAGGAUUUAUAGCUGAGCAAGACAAAUAUAGGACUGCUCUAUUAGUGUUUUUAAAUGUGCCCAUGACAGUAUGUGUUAAUUAUUGCUUCA